AUGAAACUUUUUUUAGAGCAUCAAAUGAUGGAUAAUACAAAAGGAAUCUGUAACACCUCCAAUGGGAAGCCUACCAUUCCAAAAAAGCCCAAUCCUCCACCAAAACCAAAUCUCAGUGCAUUACACCACCCAUCAAGUCACAUUCGCUCCACUAGUAGAAAGGACAAGGCUUUGUGUGACUUAAAGCCAAGGACCGGGAAGCAAAUAGCAGUAAGCUGCAACAGUAAAGAGCACAGACACGUUACAGAUUUAAACAAAGAUGGAAGGCCUUGGGUGGUAAUAAAUGGAUCGCAGAGCACAACAAAGACAGAAGGCCAAUCACAGGUUAAUUCUUCAUUGUCAAAAAAAGGUGAAUAUAGACUAUGGAAUAAAAACUGGAUAGUAGAGGGAAAAACACAUCAGCUGGCAGCAGACCAUGUGGAUGUGGGCCGAUCAGCUCCUGAUGGCAGCGAUGUAGUUAACUUGGCCGGUGAUACCAUGGAAAAGCAUCAGUGCGCAACACCGCCACCUACCCAUUCAGAGGAGAAACACUGUCACUGCAUUUGCCAUCUUCACAGACCUGGUAUGAAACUAGUCUGGGUACCUUUACAGAUGGAGGACAAAACCAGCAUGAUAAGCGUAGGUGAAAACGCAAAUGCACUUCGAAACACUGAAGGUCAGACGCACAAUUUUACAAAUAAACCAGAGAUUUUAAAGCCAACCGUCAAUGGAGUCACUAGGCUGCAGAACAGUGCAUCUUCUCAACAUCCAAAACCGCAAGCUUUGCCACCAUGUAUAAAUUGCCAAAGUUUUUUACUUCACCACAGCCCUAACAAAAUAGCAGCCAGUGGGUUAAUGUGUGGUGUUGAGUCAACUGAAAAACUCUCCAAACCCCCUCUACCAGCAAAAACCAAACAUCUUUCAAAUAAGCAUAGUUAUGAACAGUUGGAAAAUACUGAUGCUCAUAUAUACCUGGAUCUUCUGCCAUCAACUGACAGUAAAAUUACUGCCCCACCUGUGCCCCCUCGACCUCCUCCACGACUUCCUCCACGUGGUGUGCCCAAAAGUAAGAGUGAGCGAAGGUCUGCUCAGCCCGCACUGGCUUGUGUGGUCUCACCUCGUGGAGGUCGUCCACCUAUCAGAAAAUGUGAGAGUGUAAGAUCAUCUCGCCCCAUAUCUGUGCCAAACCCACCAGGUGAGAGAUAUGAGAACGGUAUUUUUGAAGAAUGGGAGACUAUUGACAAGAACGAGCUGAGUGAAUGUACAGAAAGUCCACGGAGGAUUUCCAGUGACUGGGAGCCAAACAGUGACUAUGAACCUCUAUAUCAGAUCUACCAAGCCAAGGUCUCAGAAGAAGCCAGUCAGAUCCAUACUGACAGUCCUGAUAGCUACAGGAGGAGUGUAGGUGAAACGUUGGGUCUGGAGGGUCCUGGAGCACUGGGGGUGGUGUGCCCCCGAACCAGAAGAGGUCCUGAAGAGAUUACAUUAUGGCAGAACUUACCUGUGGUAAAGGAAAGUGGAAUGUUACAGAAACUCAGUCGCAUCGAAAAACAGAGACAAGAGAGCAUGUUUGAAGUGUUGACCUCUGAAGCUUCUUAUCUGCGCUCCCUGCGAGUUCUGAAGGAUCAUUUCUUGGGUUCACGGGAACUCAAUGAUACUCUGGUCGUUCAUGAUAAGAAGGCCCUCUUCUCCAAUAUCCUACAUGUUUACGAAGUCAGCGAGAGGUUUAUAGGGGAUCUCCUAAAGCGAGUGGAUGAGAGUGUUGUGAUAUCAGAUGUGUGUGACAUCAUUUAUGAGCACUCUGAGAAGUAUUUCUCGGUCUACACAGACUAUGUCCGAAACCAGCAGUACCAAGAAAAGACUUACAGCAGUCUGAUGGAAAAUAACAGAGGUUUUUCAGUUGUCAUGAAGAGGUUGGAGUCGUCUCCACUCUGCAAACGUCUGCCCUUCACCUCUUUCAUGCUCCUACCAUUCCAGCGAAUUACACGCAUCAAAAUACUUAUACAGAGUAUUCUAAAGAGGACCGCAACGGGAACUAAAGAGGAGGAAACUGCUUCCAAAGCUCUGGCUUCAGUGUCUAAGCUCAUCAAACAGGCAAACUCACAGGUGGGGCAAAUGAAACAGAUGGAGGAACUUAUUCACAUCUCUAACAUGUUGGAGUUUGAUAAACUCAAGGCCAUCCCAAUUGUCUCUAAAACACGUUGUCUAGAGAAACAAGGAGAACUACAAGAGCUGAGUAAAAGAGGGUCUCUCUUCAGUAUCCGUAACAAAUACACUCCUAUAUACAUGUUUCUCUUCAAUGAUCUCCUCCUUAUCACAACUAGGAAAAGUGGCAGUUCAGACCGGUUUGUGGUCAUUGAUCAUGCUCAUCGAUCUUUGAUCCAAGUGCAUCCCACAGAAACCAGGCUUGGGCCACACCUGGAUAACUCUUUUUGUCUCACUCUUCUUGAAAACCAUCAGGGUAACAACUGUGAACGACUGCUCAAGGCUAACACAGAGUCAGAUAUGCACAGGUGGAUGGCUGCUUUUCCUUCUAUUAAUGCAGAACCUGCAGAGGAGAAAAUUUAUGAAGACUGGGACUGUCCUCAGGUUCAGUGCAUCAGUCAGUAUGUGGCAAAACAAAUGGAUGAGCUCAGCUUGGAGCAAUCUGAUGUCAUCAACAUACUGCGCAAAACAAAUGAAGGUUGGUAUGAAGGAAUGCGUCUUUCAGACAGACAGAAGGGCUGGUUUCCAGCAGAUAACGUUUCAGAAGUAACCACAGAUCACCAGAGACGGCGCAACAUCAGAGAACAGUACCAAAUAGCACAAGCUAUCAACCAAAAUACAUAAAGAUGACCCUCACUAACUUAUCUUAAGGCUCCAAGAUGGCCAUUGAACUAAAAGCCAGAUGGUUGAUGUAUGCAAAUAAAUAUUUGUGGGUUUUUUCCUUGCACAUAUUUCCUAUUGAAACAAACUGUAAGAGCGAGACAUACUGAAAUGCUUAUAUUUUUAAAUUACCAGUUGCCUCCAACUUAUGCAACAGACCAACAAAACACAUGAAUUCUUAUUUGCUCUCCAUUUUUCCCCAAUAUCACUUGACACCAACAAUAGCAUUUAGAUUUAGAUUACCGUAUUUUCCGGACUAUAAGCCGCACCAGAGUAUAAGCCGCAUUAUU